AUGAGUUCUUCUGGACGCCACCGUGAUUCUUCCAACAACGUUACAAGUCCUGCAAAACACAAUGGAUCAUUCGCCGAAGAACAAGCAUUAGAUGCCAUUGCGAGAGAAGCUGAACUUCGACUUAAAUAUCAACGUGAACAAAAUCGCGAAGCCCGUGAAUUACGUCAUAAAGAAUUAGAAAAAAUAGCACGUGAAGAUGAUGUAGAUGAUUCCUCACAUAUUUCACAUACACCGUCAACACCAUCUAUAGUAAAUCGAACUCGUGGAUCGUGUAACGAUGGUAGUGGAAAUAAUACAAAUACCUUGUUAUUACAAAAAUUUCUUAAUGGUGACACUGAUCUAAGGUCAAUUGAACAAAGAGAUUUGCGCCGCUUACUAAGUGAAAUAGAAAUAAAAUACAAACAAUCAAUGAUCUCAAAUUCAAGUUUAUAUAAUGAGAAACAAGCGUUAAGAUUUCAAGUCGAUAAUUUUAAAGAUCAACUUGAAGAACAAAUAGAAAUAAUGAAUCAAAUUAAACGACAAUUAAAAGAAAAAACAAAAGAAUUUGAUCUACAAAAACGUACAUUGACUGAUUUACAACAUGAUUUUUCAAAUGUAAAAGAAUUACUAGAAAACAGAGAAAAGCUUAUCGAAGAAUCUGGUAUGAUUUUAUAUACCGAUCAACAUCAGCAGUGCAAUGGCAACUCUUCUACAUCUGUACACAGUGAUUUAAUAUCUGUAUUACCAACAGGCCUUGUUUCACAAGAAACAGCUAAUUUGUUAAAUACAUUAGGAAAUGGAAAUAUUGAUGAGAAAUUAAAACGUUUAUUAAGUGAGAGACGUGAUACAUUCGAACAAAUUGUUAGAUUGAAAUCAGAAUUAGACGAUGAACAAAAUCGACUGAAAAUUUUAGAAAAACAGUUGCCCAAAAUCAAUGAACAUUCACAACAACAAGAACAUUUAGAACAACAAAAACAAAUGGCUCGUGAACUGAUAGAUUUAAAAAAUCGUCUACAGCGAAUAGAAGCCGAUAAUGUGUCGUUACAACAAGAGAACAAACGUUUUGAUGCUCAACUUAAACGGCAUAAACAACAAACAGAGGAUGCCGAAAAAGUCGAAGAAGAAUUAAAACAAGAAAGGAGACGUUUACAAAAAGAAUAUCGUGAAAUAAAAACAAAGUACGACGAUUGUUUAUUAGAAAAUCGUCGUUUACAAGAUCGUGUUGAUAGUAUCGAAUUUGUACGACGAAAUUCAAAUACUAUACCACUCAGUUCUGAUAUAUCAAAAAUAUUAACUAAUUCACCUUCGUCAGGUAGUAACAUUUAUAAUAGUACCACAGCUAGAUCGACUACCGCUUGUGGAACGCCAUCAUCUAAUUUAUUCACAAGACGUCAAUCAACGUCACGUUUUACAUCUGUUGAAAGAGAACUAUUAUCUCCAUCAUAUAAUACAAGAGAAUCUUCAGUAGCACGACGUUUAUCAAGAGACUAUUCUAAUGAACGUUGGCAAAAUAAUAAUAAUUCUUUAAGACGUAAUUCAUCUAAUGAUAGUAAUAAAAUAAGUUUGACUAAUAAAAGACGAGGACCAAAUGAAUGGUCACAAGGAACGUCAUCAUCAGCAGAAAAUGAAAAAGUUCGAAAUGAUGUAUUACAAAAAGAAAAUGAACGUUUACGAACUAUGCGUAAAAAAAAUUUAUUAAAUAAUACCGAUACAAAUGAUGUAAAUUUAAUUGGAUCUCAAACAAGUUCUCCAUUACCGCAACAAGAUAAUAAUAGCGGCAAUAAUCAUACACCAGAAAUGAAUGUGACAGAGAAUUUAUUUACAUCAAAAUGGACGUAUAAUUUUACUUGA